GGCCAGCCCAAGAGUGGACGGGCCGAGCUAGAGACUGAUAGAUUUCUUCUGUGUUUUCUUUUCCACCUACUAUACAUCUUAUCCAGUUCUCAAAGAAAUACUAUACAUCUUAUCCUCACGGCAUCACACAGUCCUCUAACUCUCUCAGCUCGAGCCUGAUCCCGUCCCUGCCGCUUCCCGUCCAUAGACGGCGUCGCCGCAUUCUUGUCUCCCCUCCACGGCGUCGGCCGGCCCCUCCUCUCCCAGCCAUCUCUCCUCCAUGUCGCGCGCCGAGCCCGUCCUCCCUUCCCUCGAUGGCUUCGUCCGCAUCCUCCUCCGACUGCCACGGUGGCUCGAUUGGUUCGAUCCACCGCCAUCCACGCCCGACAGGUUAUUCCGACGAUGGGGCGGCGGCGAAGCUUAGCGCGAUGACAGAGCCUUCCUCCAGCUCUACCAAGAAACCCUCGCUCUCCGUCCGUCUUCCUCCCUUUGCCAGCACCACCUAGCGUCGCCAUGGUCGGUGGCCGCGACCACCAACAAGAGGAAUCGCGAGGCGGCGGCGGCGGCACCAAGGGGAAGCCGCAGCCAGUCACUGCCAAGGAAAAGCGGGUCACAGCUAAGGAAGUGUCGGAGUCGAGGAAGCCCGACUACAACCUUAAGAAAGACAUCGAAGUACUAUGGGGAAAGAUGAUAGGUCGUCAUUUGAGCAAGGAGGAUAUAAUCAAGCUAGUUACCGAGGCCCUCCGUAAAAUGGAUUGGAAAUAUUUGGAAUUUCUGGAUCCCAUGUAAACGCAUCUGUUCUUCAACUAAGUUGCUGACACUCAUUCUUUAUGAAUGCGUU